AUGAGGAGAAAAGUUGGGCAGGGACAAGGACUGCCGGUCCCAAAGAAGAGCCCAAAGUCGCAACCACUUGAAAGGAAAGACAGCCAAAACAGUUCUCAGCAUAGCGUCUCCAGCCACCGCAGCGGGCACACCGCUUCCCCCGUUCACAGUACGCAGGUGCUGCCGGACUACACCGCUGCGGAGGCGCCGGCUGCGGAUCAACCGGACAGUUCUGGGCAGAAAAAGCCAGAUCCAUUCAAAAUCUGGGCCCAGUCCAGGAGCAUGUAUGAAAGCCGACCUAUGUCACCUUCGCCUGCAACUGGACUGAGCAAGGGUGAGAGAGAGAGAGAAAUCAAUUCCACCAGUUUUGGAGAAUGUCAAGUUCCAGAUUACCAAGAGCAGGAUAUUUUUCUAUGGAGAAAAGAAACCGGUUUUGGAUUUAGGAUUCUAGGUGGAAAUGAGCCUGGAGAACCUAUUUACAUCGGUCACAUUGUACCGCUGGGUGCUGCUGAUGCUGACGGCCGCCUGAGAUCGGGUGAUGAACUGAUCUGCGUGGAUGGGACGCCUGUUGUCGGGAAAUCGCACCAGCUUGUCGUCCAGCUUAUGCAACAGGCAGCCAAACAAGGUCAUGUCAAUCUGACCGUCAGGCGCAAAGUGGUUUACACAGUUCCCAAGGCAGAGAAUGAAGUCCCAUCCCCAGCCUCUUCCCACCACAGCAGCAACCAGCCGGCCUCGCUGACAGAGGAGAAGCGAACGCCGCAGGGCAGCCAGAAUUCCCUCAACACUGUCAGCUCGGGCAGCGGCAGCACCAGUGGCAUCGGCAGCGGUGGUGGUGGGGGCAGCGGUGUCGUGAGCGCCGUGGUCCAGCCCUACGACGUGGAAAUCCGCCGCGGUGAAAAUGAGGGGUUUGGCUUCGUCAUCGUCUCGUCGGUGAGCAGGCCAGAGGCAGGGACGACAUUCGGUCGGAUAAUUGAAGGGAGUCCCGCAGACCGCUGUGGCAAGCUGAAAGUAGGCGAUCGGAUCUUGGCUGUGAAUGGGUGCUCCAUCACCAACAAGUCGCAUUCAGACAUCGUCAACCUCAUUAAGGAGGCGGGAAACACCGUUACCCUGCGCAUCAUUCCAGGAGAUGAAUCCUCCAAUGCUACUUUAUUGACCAAUGCAGAAAAAAUUGCUACAAUUACAACCACCCAUACUCCUCAGCAAAUACCACAGGAGACCAGGAACAACACCAAACCAAAGCAGGAAUCCCAGUUUGAUUUCAAACCACCCCAAGCAGCGCAGGACCAAGAUUUUUACACUGUUGAGCUGGAAAGAGGAGCCAAAGGGUUUGGCUUUAGCCUUCGAGGUGGCCGGGAGUAUAAUAUGGAUCUGUAUGUGUUGCGGCUAGCUGAGGAUGGUCCGGCUGAGAGAUGUGGGAAGAUGAGGAUUGGUGACGAAAUCUUAGAGAUCAAUGGAGAAACUACCAAGAACAUGAAGCAUGCUCGGGCCAUCGAACUGAUUAAAAAUGGUGGCCGCAGGGUCCGCCUGUUUCUGAAACGUGGAGAUGGCUCUGUCCCAGAAUAUGACCCCAGCAGUGACAGGAACAGUCCCGCCACAGGUUCACAAAAUGUAUCGGAAAUGAAACCUGUGCCAUCCGACCGACGGCAGCACCCAUCAUCGGAGUCCAGUUAUCCACCAGACCUUCACAAAUCAUCACAACAUGGGGACAAGCGGACUUACGUUAGAGACCUAAAAGGCAGCAGAGAGUUUAGCAGACAUCCCAAUGAACACCACACUUGGAAUGGGACUUCUAAAACCAACGACCACGUGCCAGGCAGGAGGACGGAGAGGUCGCCGGAGAGGAGGCACGAGAGGCAGCCGGAGAGGGCGGUGGUGAACGGGCAGAAGAGGAGGUCUCCCGAAAAGCGGAGGGAAGGGACAAGGAGUGCUGACAACACUUUGGAGAGGCGGGAGCGACAUGAGAGGAGGAGAGACCUCUCCCCCGAGAGGCGCAGAGAGCGGUCACCCAGCCGGCGGCGGCGGUCGUUGGAGAGACUCACGGAGCCGAGGAGGUCGCCCGAUCGCAGAAGAGAGAGUUCCCUCGACCGGCGGGCCAAGUCGUCCGACCGGCGGAGGGAGAGGUCGCCCGACAGACGGCUCAGGGAGGAGCGAGCCGGCCACCGGGAGAGGGAAGACCCCGGCUGGAAGCACGAGCCGAGCCGCAGGCACCUGCCCGAGCAUCGC